UUUUCAUCAUGUUUAUACCCAGCUCUGGAGACAAGGUCGAGCUUUGGAGAACUUGUGAACCAAGUUAGAUAACCUUGGUUUCUGUUUCUUUUAAAUCUUAUCUUAAAAAAAAAAAAACACCACCAAUUCUGUUGUACUUUGUUUCCUGAGGAGAGAAAACUAGUUUUCCCUGUUAGUUGCUCUGAGGUAACUGGUGACGCCUUUACUCAGCCUUGGGUUUGUUCUUGGGUUGUUUUUUUUUUUUUCUGACGGUAUUUAUUUGACAGAAUGAGUUCCAACGGCAUAACAACGCAAGGCAUGGCUGGAGAUCCAGAUUUGAAUUUUCUUCUGAACGGCACUGAGCUCGUGAAGGUUCGCUCGGGGUCAUGGAGGAAGGUGCGAUUCUACAAGCUGCAGGAGGACUGCAAGACCGUGUGGCACGAGUCCAAAAAAACCCUGCGGCCAAAGCACACCUUUUCCAUUGAGGAUAUAGAGUGCGUGCGUGCUGGCCGGCACACGGAAGGUCUCCGGAAGUACACAGAAGAGGCGUUGGAAUCUCGGGCGUUCUCCAUCCUGUUCAAGGGCCACCACAAAAACCUAGACCUAAUCGCUACCACCGAGGAGGAGGCCAAGCACUGGGUGACUGGCUUGGAGAAGAUGAUCACCAACAUGAGCAAGCUCAGUCAACAACAGAAGACUGAACACUGGAUCUUCAACUGCUUGCGUAAAGCUGACAUAAACUGUGACCAGAUGAUGAGUCCAGAAGAGGUGAAGCGCUUUCUGCAAAACAUCAACGUAGAAGUGGAUGAUGAAUAUGUCACGGUGCUAUUUGAGAAAUGUGAUCAGUCCAAAACUGGCUUACUUGAAGGAAAAGAAAUUAAGUACUUUUAUGAGACCCUGACUGCCCGGGAAGAGAUUAGUGUGAUCUAUGAAACGUAUGCAAAAACUGAAGGACUCUUGAGCGCUGCCAACCUCCUUGAUUUCCUGGUAAAGGAGCAGAAGGAGAAGGUGGAUCUGUCUCAUGCUGAACAGCUCAUCGAGAAUUGUGAAGUAGAUGAAACGGCCAAAGCAAAGCAGCUGAUGACGAAAGAUGGCUUUCUAAUGUUCCUGAACCAGCCCGACGCACUGAUCAUGAACCCAGCUUGUAAGAUCGUGUACCAGGACAUGGGCCAACCAUUAAACCACUAUUUUAUCUCCUCCUCUCACAACACGUACCUCCUGAAAGACCAGCUUAAAGGCCCGAGCAGCACUGAGGGCUACAUACGGGCGCUAAUGAAGGGCUGCCGCUGUGUGGAGCUGGACAUCUGGGACGGCUCAGACGGGGAGCCGGUUAUCUACCACGGCUACACAUUGACCUCAAAGAUCCUCUUUAAGGAUGCCAUCCAAGCCAUUAACGAGUACGCCUUUAAGGUGUCGGAGUACCCAGUGAUCCUGUCCCUGGAGAACCACUGCAGCGUAGACCAACAGAAGCUCAUGGCCAAGCACAUGACCUCUAUUCUGGGUAGUGCUCUGAUCACCAAACCCCUGGGAGAACACAUGCCCACAGUGUUGCCCUCUCCAGAGGAGCUGAAGGGUCGGUUUGUGAUCAAAGGCAAAUGCCUGAACAAACUGGAGGAUUAUUUAUCAGACGAGGCCACUACAGAAGAAGAGUCUGUUACGGAAGAAGACGACUCCCGUGAUGAAGAAGAGGUGGAGCAUUCUGAAAACAAGAAGUCAAAGACCCUGAAGCUGGCUAAAGAGCUCUCGGACCUCGUUAUCUACUGUAAAAGUGUCAAGUUUAAAGGAUUUGAAUACGCACGGACUAACCAAUCCUUUUACGAGAUGUCCUCUUUUAAAGAAUCGGUUGCAUUGAGUUAUGCAGAGAAGUUGGCAAAUGAAUAUAUUUGUCAUAAUGUGGACAAGCUGAGUAGAGUUUACCCUUCAGGAGCACUAAGGACAAAUUCCUCCAACUUCAACCCUGUGCCUCUGUGGAACUCCGGAUGCCAAAUCGUGGCCCUGAACUUCCAGACGCCGUGUGCAGACAUGGAUCUGAACCAGGGCCUGUUCAGCCAAAACGGACAGAGCGGCUACGUCCUGAAGCCAGCCUACCUCCGGACCACAGCGUCAGAAUUUGACCCCAUCACACUCAUCAGAGGACCAUGGCUCAAACACCUCGAGUUCCAUGUGAUGGUGAUCUCGGCACAGCAGUUACCUAAAAUAAGCAAGAAGUCAGGCUCCAUCAUAGAUCCUCUGGUGCGAGUGGAGAUCCACGGUGUGCCUGCGGACGUGUCCGAGAGAGAGACGCAGCACAUUCAUAACAACGGUUUCAACCCUAUGUGGAACGAGAAUUUCCGGUUUGACCUGUACGUGCCUGAACUUGCACUGGUGCGCUUCGUCGUGGAGGAUUACGAUAGCAUGUCCAGUAACGACUUCAUCGGACAGUACACGGUCCCCUUCACCACCCUACAGAUGGGGUAUCGUCAUGUUCCGCUGUGCAACCACAACGGAGACCUCUUCUCUUCAGCUCAGCUGUUUGUUCACCUCAUGGUUGUGGAUCCAGAAUAAAUCUAUGGACCAGUUCUUAUUCCAUUGCUUCCCAUCCAGUCUACAUACAUCAGCCUGGUUGAGGCAGAGAAACCUGAAUACGAACCUCGGGUUGGUGCUGGACCAGGAACCUGUUUUGUUGAGAACUUUAAGCUGCAAGAGACAUUAAAUUGACUCCAACAUCUGUCAGUCAACACCAAGCAACUAAACAUGUAGCUAUAGUACAAUACACUUGUUAAACUAGAGCAAUAUUUUCUUUCAUAGAUGUUUUUAGAUGGUUUUAAGUGUUAUUUAGCUUCUAGUACAUUGCACUAUUUAUGAUUUUACUUGUGUGAAUGACAGUUUGAAAAACUAAUAAAAACAGCCAUCUGUAGAAAA